UUGUGGACUGAUGAUACCAAAUCAAUGGUAUAAAGGUCCCACCUUCAAGAAAAACACACAACUUUUUCCAAUUUGAAAUAAUGAGACUUUUCACAUUACCCCCUUCAUUCAAUUUUCGCCCAUCUAAUUACUCUUCUUUGAUAAAGUUUCACACUUUUUUUUUGUUUUUUUUUUUGAUUUUUUGGGCCUAUACUUAGCUUGGAAUUCAAUUCCUUUCAUUUGGUUUCUCCUUUUCUAUCUUUUACUUUUCUAUCUUAUUCACACUUCCACUAGAAUGUUCCUCUGAACCUGCCAAGAAGAAUUCCCCACUUUUUUUUUUCCUUUUGUAAUUUUGCCAAGUUUUAUUCUUCUGUGGAAUGAUGAUGGUGGGGAUAUGGGUAUCUUUAGUGUCAUCUCCAAUUCUGGGGGCAUGACCUACCUUCAAACUGAAUUUGAUGCUUUGUCUCCUCCUGAUUCAUCAGAUUCCUUCAACUUGUGCUGAUUCUUUUCAACUAUUUGGAAGUGUUUAUUAUUGGUGUCGGAUUCAUAUAGCCAACUACAACUUGUUUGGGAUUGAGGCGUAGGAGUUGUUGUACACCAGUGAUAUCAAUUGUGUUAUGGGCUGGUUAGAAAAGAUAUUUGGAGGUUCCACACACAGGAUCUCUGGUGGACAAUACCAUGGGGGGUAUGAGGGUGGGCAAUAUCAUGGGGGCUACGAAGGCGGGCAAUAUCAUUCGGGGUAUGAGGGUGGGCAAUAUCAUGGGGCGUAUGAGGACAGUACAAUUUGGGAUGGACCAACUACAUCAGUGGAUGCAUUGUCAGAUUUUGAUAAAGAAGAAAUUGAUCGUGCCGUUGCACUUUCUCUAGCAGAAGAGGAUCAGAAAGGGAAAAAAGUAAUCGAGAGUGAACCCUACUUGGAGGAAGACGAGGCGCUCGCCAAGGCUCUUCAGGAAAGUUUGAAUGUGGAGUCAUCAUCUCCACCACCACCACCACCACCACCACCUCGAUAUGAUUAUGGAAGUCUCUUUCCACCAGUUUCAUACUCUUUUCCGUAUGGUUAUAGGGUUUGUGCCGGUUGCAAUGCUGAAAUUGGACACGGAAGAUAUUUAAGUUGCAUGGGAGCUGUUUGGCAUCCAGAAUGUUUCCGUUGCCAUGGUUGCAAUCAACCAAUUUCUGACUAUGAGUUUUCAAUGUCAGAUAACCGUCCAUACCAUAAAUCAUGCUACAAGGAACAACAUCACCCAAAAUGUGAUGUAUGCAAGAACUUUAUUCCAUCAAAUUCAGCUGGUCUAAUUGAAUAUAGAGCUCAUCCUUUCUGGCUUCAGAAGUAUUGCCCAUCACAUGAAACUGAUGGGACACCUCGUUGUUGCAGUUGUGAGAGAAUGGAGCCCGCAGAUGCCAGAUAUCUGAUACUCGAAGAUGGUAGGAAGCUAUGCCUAGAGUGCUUGGACUCUUCAAUAAUGGACACUCAUGAAUGUCAACCCCUUUAUCUUGAGAUACAAGAAUUUUAUGAAGGUUUAAAUAUGAAAGUAGAGCAGCAAAUUCCUUUGCUUCUAGUUGAAAGACAAGCAUUAAAUGAAGCGAUGGAAGGAGAAAAGAAUGGUCAUCAUCACAUGCCUGAGACUCGAGGACUAUGCCUGUCCGAAGAACAGACCAUUAGCUCUAUUUCAAGGCGACCACGGAUUGGUGGUUAUCGGAUUUUAGAUAUGUUUACAGAGCCUUACAGGUUAAUUCGACACUGUGAAGUGACAGCUAUUCUAAUCUUGUAUGGUCUUCCUAGGUUAUUGACUGGUUCAAUUCUGGCUCAUGAAAUGAUGCAUGCAUGGUUGCGGCUUAAAGGUUAUCCGAGUUUAAGUCCAGAAGUGGAAGAAGGUAUCUGCCAAGUUUUAGCUCACAUGUGGUUGGACUCUGAAAUUAUAGCUGGUUCUGGUAGUACUUCAACUUCUGCAUCUUCCUCUGCAUCCUCAUCGUCCUCUUCAUCACCAUCUACUUCAUCAAAGAAAGGGAAACGUUCCGACUUUGAAAAGAAACUGGGUGAUUUUUUUAAGCACCAGAUUGAAUCAGAUACCUCAGCAGCUUAUGGGGAUGGAUUCAGAGAAGGCAAUAAGGCGGUGCUCAAGUAUGGCCUCAAGACGACACUUGAUCACAUCCGGCUUACAGGAACCUUCCCGUGUUAAAAUUUUCAGUCAUUCUGAGUGUUUCCACUUCAACGCGGAUGUUCUAAACAAACCUUCUAUACUAGUUUUGUAGGACCAAAUAGCACAUACAAUUAUAAUCAUAACACAAUAAUGAAAAGGUAAAGAGUAAAUGCAGCAAUAAGACACAGAAAUGUUUAAUACCACUUGUGUCUGUUUCAAGUGUAUACUUAUUCAUAUAAAGGAAAUCCAAACAUAGUGAUGCACAAGUAUAUCCUUUCUUCCUGUCCCCCAAAAGGUGAUUCAUUUUUUGUUGGAGAAAAGGAAGAUUGAUCGUAUAGGCCUAAUUGACUCCAUGUAAUGUGUGAAGCAGCACAUAUAUCGUAUUUGCAUGCUCCUGUAAUUAUAUGGUGUAAUAUCGUGUUUGCCUUCUCCUGUAAAUUGUAAUUAUAUGGUGGUAUUCUCUUAUUUUUCAUCUUAA